CAAAUUCCACUGUCCUAAUUGCAACAACGGUUACGGCAGACGGGAUACGAUGCUCGGUCAUUACAGAAUUAUGGGACAACGGACUGAUGGACAAGGCAGAGCUAUCCCAGAUGGUGUCGCGAAGAUCGCAACAGCAGCAACACUUACGUAAGACGAUGAAGAGCACUAUUGAUUCGCACGACCGGAGGCAUCACUGCCCGAAAUGCGAGAAGUCCUUCUCUCAGAGUUACUCGAUGUACCGGCAUUAUAGAUACGAAUGUGACUCACUGCCACGUUUUCAGUGCCCCUAUUGUGGUCAUGUGAGCAAAUGGUCUCAUUCGAUUUACAAUCACAUCAGGAAGAUCCAUACGGGACAGAAGGUCAUGCUGAACAAGCUCUACUAAUCCACAAUGAGAAGAACACUGUACGAUAUAUCAAU